AUGGCGGGUAGAAAUGUUUCGUUUUCGAAGCCCAAAACUCCCUCUUUUAUAACAAAAUUUAAGGAAAAGGUUGGCUAUCAGGAAUCCGCCACAGUUGAAACGAAAUUCCAAGAGACCGAGACGUGUAAUUUAGAUGACAGAGAGCACGAAGACGAAAAACCGACCGUACUUUUGGGAUCAAAUGUCAGCGAAGCCGAAGCUAACGCCUUCCUUGAUCGUUUGAAGGAAGAUGAGGCCAACUCGCAAGGUUUGUAACGAAUCUCAAUUAUCCUAUAAAUUAGCUUUUAACUUUCGAAAUUUCAGUGUUCAUCCUCUAAGCAAGUUUGAAGUAUUUAAAAAGUGCCUCGAAAGCUAAAAUCUCUGAGCAUGAAAUUUCCCUUGUGUUUCCACUGACUCAUCCCUGGUCGUCUCUCUGUCUGGCUCUCUGUCUCCUCCUUAGUGGCGCAAGGGGUACCCCCUGCUCCCGCCGCGCGCGUUACGCGAAGACGACUGGGUACGAGUCAGGUGUUUCCAUACUAGUACUCUUUUGAAACAUAAUGUGCCACUCAAGUCCAAGUGUCUGUAGGCGCUCUGUCAAUAAUAAAGCAGUUAUCCUAUCCUAUCCUAUCCAAAAUCGCCCAACUCCCUCCCCCCCCCGAGCAUAGCACGGACAUUUGACUGCAGUUUUUAUUCGUGCAGUAGGGACUUUAACCCAAAAUGAGGCCUGCCCAGUCGGACAUUUGACUUUCACGUCAAAACGCCAGUCAGCGUCUCAAGCCAAAGGAUUUCGAAAUUCUUUCAUUCAGCAUGUGCACCGCGUUCAUGGGUUAUUUCUCCUAUAUUCACUGUUUUGUUGGAGCAUUUGAGAGUCUUUGAAAAAGCCUGUUAAAUGUGGGCUUUGUGGAAUGAACAAUUUUAUUCAAAUGAACAAACGUCCGUAAGACAGCUUUCCGAGAUUUGAGAUAUUUCAGUUGUAUUUAGUAGGAUAUUUACAUUUGAAUAAAUGCUUUGACAUGUGGGAAAAAUUUGAAUAGUCACUGGUGGGUAGUAGGAAGUGUUAGCCAGUGGGGCAUUUGACCAUCUCAACUGCCAACAUACCAGGGAAUUUGACCAAAAUUUUUCAAAAAAGUCAAAUGCCCUGGGAUCUGCCUGGGCAGGGGUUGGGGGAGCAUGGGCAGUUUGGGAAUUGACAGGUACAUAACACUGUUUUAACGGCUUUCAGGGGACCGUAACAAAAGCCUUUUUCAUACUGGAGAUGCAUUAGCAAGUUUAAGCUACUUCAACACUGACAGAGAAAGAGUUUCAUAUAUUAUUCUCUUUGAUAGUUUUGCAAUGCCAAUGAAAGAACUGAAAAUAUCAUUUUAAUGAUUAUUAGAUGCUGAGAAAAAAGAUAACAUAGAAGAAGGUGGGAAAAUUCUCUUUAAGAAACCAACCAAGAGAAAAUCAAGUGAAAAUGACAAGGGCUUGAAUUCCAAAGGUGACAGAAAGAAAUCAAAACCAUCCAGUUCCAUGAAGAACGUCAAGAAUAAGAGCCUUUUAUCAUUUAAUGAUGAAGAAGAUGGAGAUUUAUAA